AUGUUUCGCUCCAGCGUUUUUGCAUCUAUAUUGCUUCGCAAUAACGUUGCAUUAAACUCAGCAAAUAUUUCUUAUGAUGCAACAUCACAUGCAUUAACAGUCUUUGGUGAUGGAAGUGUAGAUAAAGACGAUGUUAUCAUCUAUAGAGGUGUUGCAGAGACAAUCACCAUCAAAGAUCAAGUAGAUGUCAUUGGAGAUGAAGCAUUCAAGGGUUUCUCCAAAUUAACAACAGUUUCAAUCUCAGCUCCAAUCAAAUCUUUCAAUAUUUCUGCUUUCCAGAACUGUGUAAAUUUAGCCAAAGUUGAUUUUCCAAGUGCCUUAACUACUAUCCAUGACAAAUGCUUCCAAAACUGCCAAAAACUGGCCAUCGAAACAUUGCCAGCAACAAUAACAGAGAUUGGAGAGUAUGUUUUUGCCGGAUGCAGUCAAAUUGCCAAAUUUACAUUGCCAUCAAGCAUCAAAGCUCUUCCAAAUGGAGUUUUCAAAAAUUGUGCAAAUCUUGAAUCAAUUACUCUUCACGAAGAACUUACUUCCAUCGGAGACUUCUGCUUUGAUGGAUGCCUCAAAUUAGUUAUCUCUGAAGUUCCAAACUCCGUUACAAGUCUUGGCAAAUCAGCAUUUUCAAACUGCCCAAAGAUUACAAUCUUUACAUUCCCAUCCGAAGUUACAGUAGUUCCAGAACGCAUCUUCAGUAAUGGUGCAACUCUUGCUACAGUCACUUUCAAUACAAAGAUUGUUUCUAUUGGCGACUAUGCUUUUGAGAAUUGCGUUGCUCUUAAUCUCGAAACAGUUCCAGAGACUGUUACAACAAUCGGCACUGGCGCUUUCUACGGAUGCUCAUUUGAAACAUUUAAUUUGCCAGACUCUGUCAAAGAGAUUCCAGCCAAACUUUUCAUGAAUUGCGCCAAAUUAACAUACGCAUCAUACUCAAGUACACUCACAACCAUCGGUGACAGUGCAUUUGAAGGUUGCGUUUUGUUAGAUAUUUCUGUUCUUCCAGAAUCUAUAACAAAAAUUGGUUACAGAGCAUUCUACAACUGCCAACCAAUCAAGAUCACUUUCUGGCCAUUGGAUUCCAUUCCAGAUUACGCUUUCUUCAACUGCACAAAUCUCCAGAAGUUAAUCCAUCAGCAGACAAUCAAAUCCAUUGGUGCUUAUGCAUUCUAUAACUGCCAGAACUUCGAUCCAAACACAAUCAUUGAAGAAGGAUUAGUUUCUGUUGGAGAUUUCGCUUUCUCCACACUCAAGAACUUUGUUUUAACAACAUUGCCAUCAACAGUAACAACAAUUGGCUGUGGUACAUUCAAAGGAUGCGAGUCAAUCGUUGAAUUCGCUUUCCCAGCCAAUGUUUUAGUUGUUUCAAGCCAAGUUUUCAUGGAUUGCGCAAAAUUACAGAAAGUUACAUUUUCUGACAAAACAUAUGAAGUUGGAUCCGAAGCUUUCAAGAACUGCUAA